CUGUGCAUCCAUAUGGCUUCUCUCUCUUUCCAUCCACCCUCCCCCUCCCUGUCCUUAUCUUUCCCUUCCGUCUCCAUGGCGACUCACCACCUCGGCUUGCUUGCAUCCCAGCCUCUGCCAGGGAUUCUGAGCCUAGCUCGGUCCCUCCCUCCUCCGGAGCCCUGGUUCCCGCAGUCCUGUCUCCUCCCCCUGGGUGAGUCCAGAGGCAGCCUCCUCUUUCCCGACUGUCACAUCUAUUUUCCAGCUCUGACGGAGUCAUCUCCCCUGGGGAGACCAUCCCCCACCCCGGCUUCCACCUGCCACAGCUCGGCCAGCCCUUCCAGGAGCAAAGCCAUCCUUACCAGCCACUGGCUGAAGGUCUCUUGGGUCUCUGGCCUCUGCUUCCGGACCCUGUCCCCACUCCCAGCCUCCCAUGCCGAGGUCCGCCUUGUCAGUCAUUUCCUUUUGUCACCGGCUUGGCAAACAGGAGAGAAAACGGAGCUUCAUGGGAAACAGCAGCAACAGUUGGUCCCGCACGCCAUUCCCCAAGUUGGAGCUGGGCCUGGGGCCCCGGCCCACAGCCCCCCGGGAGCUUCCUGCCUGCUCCAUCUGCCUGGAGAGGCUACGCGAGCCCGUCUCGCUGGAUUGCGGCCACGACUUCUGCACGCGGUGCUUCAGCACACACCGCGUCCCGGGCUGCGAGCCACCCUGCUGCCCCGAGUGCCGGAAGAUAUGCAAGCAGAAGAAGGGCCUCCGGAGUCUGGGGGAGAAGAUGAAGCUCCUGCCGCAGAAGUCCCUGCCCCCCGUGCUCCAGGAGACCUGUGCCGUGAGGGCAGAACCGCUGCUGCUGGUGCGAAUCAAUGCCUCCGGAGGCCUCAUCCUGAGGAUGGGGGCCAUCAACCGCUGCCUGAAGCACCCCCUGGCCCGGGACACCCCUGUCUGCCUCCUUGCUGUCCUGGGGGAGCAGCACUCAGGGAAGACUUUCCUCCUCAACCACUUGCUGCGGGGCCUGCCGGGCCUGGAGUCCGGCGAGAGCGGCUGGCCCAGAGGAGGGGGGUCCCUCCAGGGGUUCAGGUGGGGUGCCAAUAGCCUCACCAGGGGCAUAUGGAUGUGGAGCCACCCCUUCCUGCUGGGGAAAGAGGGGAGGAAGGUGGCUGUGUUCCUGGUAGACACGGGAGAUGCCAUGAGCCCUGAACUCAGCAGAGAAACAAGGACCAAGCUGUGUGCCCUCACCACGAUGCUGAGCUCCUACCAGAUCCUCAACACCUCCCAGGAGCUGAAGGAUACAGACCUGGACUAUCUGGAGAUGUUUGUCCAUGUGGCUGAGGUGAUGGGCAGGCAUUAUGGCAUGGUGCCAAUCCAGCACCUGGAUCUCUUAGUUCGUGACUCAUCCCACGCCAACAAGGCAGGGCAGGGGCAUGUGGGUGACAUCAUCCAGAAGUCAUCCAGGAAAUACCCUAAGGUUCAGGAGCUGCUCCAAGGGAGGCGAGCCCGCUGUUACCUCCUGCCUGCUCCAGGGAGGCGGUGGGCAAGCAGAGCCCACGGAAACCCGGAAGCAGGAGGAAUCUCUUCCUCAGACACAGAUGACGAUUCCCACCACCUCCGUGCCUAUGUCUUGGAUGUGCUGAGUGCCGCCCCCCAGCAUGCCAAGAGCCGCUGCCAGGGGUAUUGGAGCGAGGGGCGCCCCGUGGCCAGGGGGGACAGACGCCUGCUCACAGGGCAGCAGUUAGCUCAGGAAAUCAAGAACCUCUCCGGCUGGAUGGGGAGGACGGGGCCAGGGUUCACCUCUCCGGACGAGAUGGCCGCCCAGCUGCACGACCUGAGGACUGUGGAAGCUGCCAAAAAGGAGUUUGAGGAAUACGUGCGGCAGCAGGAUAUGGCCACCAAACGCAUAUUCUCUGCGCUCCGGGUCCUGCCCGACACCAUGCGGAACCUUCUCUCCACCCAGAAGGAUGCCAUCCUGGCUCGCCACGGUGUAGCCUUGCUGUGCAAGGAGAGAGAGCAGGCCUUAGAGGCCCUGGAGGCUGAGCUGCAGGCCGAGGCCAAGAUCUUCAUGGACUCCUACACCAUGCGCUUCUGUGGCCACCUGGCUGCCGUGGGGGGCGCCGUGGGGGCUGGGCUCAUGGGCCUGGCGGGGGGCGUGGUGGGCGCAGGCAUGGCGGCAGCGGCACUGGCUGCAGAGGCUGGGAUGGUGGCAGCUGGAGCUGCAGUGGGGGCCACGGGGGCUGCUGUGGUUGGGGGUGGUGUGGGUGCUGGUUUGGCUGCUACCGUGGGCUGCAUGGAGAAGGAAGAGGAUGAGAGGGUGCAAGAAGGGGACCGAGAGCCCCUGCUCCAGGAGGAGUAACAGCCCCCAGGAGAUGUUGACGGGAGGGAGAGAUGCCAGGAGGGUAGGGAAGGAAGCGCCCGAGAGGAGGGGUUGAGGGUGGUGUUCUGAGGGUCCCCAGGUACCACACUGACCUGGGUGAAUGCCCACUGUCUUUGGCGGCUGGCUGAACUGGAGAAUACAGGUGGCUCCAGGACCCUGGGGAGGCCUCCUGGGGCGGGAGGAAGUAUUUGGGGGUUUGGGGGCGUUGAAUAGACUAUAGGGCCGGUUUCUGGCUGCAGAUGACUGCUAACCUGCCAUGGUUCCCAGAUAAACUUGACCCCAGCGUCUCCCACCGAGAGUGAGGUCCACCCUCCCCACCCUGGCGUAUUUCCCCAGAUGACCUUGGAUUGUAGGAAGGUGGAGUAGGUGCCAUUCUGGAAGUCUCCUCUUGGGUAGAGGGGACCUGUCCUUUCACAGAUGGGAGAAGCCCCAGGUGGAGUGACCUCAGUGUUCAGGACAGGGAGCACUGAUGAGGGUAAGACAGAAGGAAAGGCCAGUGGGCAAAAGUGAAGAGUCCGGGUGUGGUGGACAGCAGCCUAAACCCCAGAGUGAAGGAUCUCGCUCCUACGACUCUUCCCAAAGUGGCCCCAACACAACAAAAGAGGGCCGCCCCUCCUCCCUCAGCCCAGGGAGUCCGCAUGUGCACCUCGAACGAGAUCCCUGUCGAUGUUCCCGUGUGGCUGUGCCCGUUGUCAAGCCUGGGCAGACGGCAGCGUGCCCCUGUUCUUUGUGGAAUGCCGUCCCAGCAACGGAUUAAAUGCCAAAGAAAAACACCUGUCAUUGCAUGCUGAGCUAAAACAGAUAGCCCUCUAGCAGUCUGUGAACGUCCUGCAAGGGACCGCACAGGGGACACAGCCCACCCUGAACACGCCCUUGCUCCCCGAGCCUUUGAGAAGACCCCUCUGUUGCGCCCUAGCAGGAGACCCGGGUGCAGCCCCACAGGGAACCUGAGGUUGCAGCGCCUCUCCCAGGGGGCGGAAAGUCCUACUAGGAAGACUUCCAGGCUAUUAAGCUGUAAAGGAUUAAUGGGUGCAUUCUAUGAAAAAUAAAAUGUUUGUGCUUGAAUGUCA